AUGAAGUCCCUUUUUAAUUUUUAAAAAGCAAAAAAAGGCAUAGGUGGAAUAGAUGGAUAAGUAGGGGUUUAAUAAAGUGUAUCCAAGUAAUCCAUUUUUUAAUUUUAGAAUCAAAUGCCUCAUCAAUCCAAAUUCGAACAGAAAAGAUUCAAUACAAGAUUAGAAACAAUUAUGA